AUGGCGACGACUUUGCAGCUAAUUAUGCUGGCUCUAGUGGGAGGAACCCUUGGUCAAGCCAAUAACACGGACCACAAGCAAGUCCUGACCUCCAUUGUAAAACAGCUUGAGGGCGGCCUUGAACUGCAUCUAAGGACGUCCGAAGACGGAGGCAAUGACCUUGUUCAGUUUUUGAUGCAAGAAAAGAGCUCCAUCAUAAUCAGUGCAAAACAGGAGGAAGUACCGUCAAGAGCAAAAAUAAUGAGACAUCAUUUUUUCAUUUUUGAUGGCGUACAUCAAAUGCAGGAAAUCCGGACUAGUUUGUUUAACACAGAUGGCUUCUACAUAUUGGCUUUAGAAAAUAACACAAUUGAGGACGAUGUACUAUUAAUGGAGUUCGCGGCCGAUGUUUGGCUUCAGCAUGGACAUAGCCGGAUUUACUACGUCCAAUUAAGCAAGAAAAGUGUACUCCUCUUUAAUCCCUUUUUACAGAGGUUAGUGGUGGUUCAAGAUUCCAAAACGUAUUCAAGAAUCUACAAGGAUCUGGAGGGUUACCAUUUGAGAAUAUACAUUUUCGAUUCAGUUUAUUCAAGUGUAAUUGGAGACGGCGAAAACAAAGUCCUAAGUGUAACAGGAGCGGAUGCUAAAUUGGCCAAAACCGUUGCGAGGCAACUGAACUUCACAGCUGAUUUUGUUUGGCCGGAUGAUGAAUUUUUUGGCGGUCGGCUGGCAAAUGGAGAAUAUAGUGGCGGCGUCGGUCGCGCUCACCGCGGAGAGGUGGACAUCAUCUUUGCCGGAUUCUUUAUUAAGGACUAUCUUACUACUCACAUCCAGUUCAGUGCGGCCGUUUACAUGGAUGAGCUCUGCUUGUACGUGAAAAAAGCGCAGAGAAUUCCGCAAUCCAUUUUGCCUCUUUUCGCUGUUCACAUGGACGUGUGGUUAUGCUUUCUGCUAGUGGGUCUGCUAGGAGCCCUAGUCUGGCUUAUUCUGAGAGCCGUAAAUCUAAUUCUUGGUAUAGAAGGGGUACCGGAUGGUUCACGGGCUACGCGGAUUAGUUACUUCGGAGCAGCGCGACGCAUUUUCGUCGACACAUGGGUCAUUUGGGUGCGGGUGAAUGUGGGUCGUUUCCCCCCCUUUCACUCGGAACGCAUCUUUGUGGCUUCUCUGUGUCUGGUGAGCGUGAUUUUUGGAGCCUUGCUUGAGUCCAGUCUGGCAACAGUUUACAUAAGACCUCUUUACUACCGAGAUGUAAAUACCUUGAGGGAAUUGGAUGAGUCUGGCCAGCCAAUUUAUAUAAAACAUCCUGCCUUUAAGGAUGAUCUCUUCUAUGGUCACAACUCAGAGGUCUAUCGUCGAUUGGAUGCCAAGAUGAUGCUGGUGGCCGAGGGCGAGGAGCGACUUAUUGAGAUGGUGUCGAAGAGAGGAGGAUUCGCCGGCGUCACCCGAUCCGCCAGUUUGCAGUUGAGUGACAUUCGAUACGUGAUGACUAAGAAAGUGCACAAAAUCCCCGAGUGUCCCAAGAACUAUCACAUUGCCUAUGUGCUGCCGCGUCCCUCGCCUUAUUUAGAGGAGGUGAAUCGGAUCGUACUGCGCCUCGUGGCGGGGGGAAUCGUCGGCUUGUGGACAGGGGAGGCGAAGGAGCGCGCCAAAUGGAGCAUCCAACGGUUCCCCGAAUACUUGGCCGAACUAGACGUAGGACGGUGGAAGGUGCUCACUUUGUCCGACGUCCAGCUCGCCUUUUACGCCCUCACUAUUGGAUGUCUACUUUCAGCUAUUGUUUGCAUGGCGGAGAUUUUGUUGGGCCGUCAACGAAGACUGCAUAGUCCCAAGUAA